CAGAAUUAACAAUGGCCUGGGAAAGGUUCCGGCCAUUUUGACUAAUUUUUUCUGGGUUGAUGGAUUCUUGAUCAAUUCCUUUUCUCUUGGCAAAACAUUAAAAAGAGACAAAAAAAACAUUGUAAUGAUAUGAUCAAGCCACCAUCUUCCAUCACCUAUGGCUCAUAUAAUCAUACCUUAAAAUGUGAGAAAAGAUGGCCUCUUUUCAAUUGGAAAUCGCCCCUUCUUCAGAGUUCGGUUGUAUAAUGCGGAAUCAUCAUAGCCGCCAAAACCAUUGCAACACCGGAGAUUCCACCUCUUUUCCGGAGAAUCUAAAGGAUUUGGUGCAUUCUUGCAUUUCUAGCGACCCAAGGAAUUCAAAUUCAGCGGAUCCCAAUGACAAUGUCAAUAACGUUGUCAACCUAACAGAUUUAUGGGUUCACAAACCGCAAUAUCUCACGAACAUCAAUGAGAAAACUCCAAAGAAGCGAGGCAGCAACAAGACAACGGAUAAUUGGGACAAAGCAAGAAAAAAGGUCUUCCCCAAGGAAGGAAAGUAUGAUAACAAAGUAGGGUUUGUUGGAAAGCCGCUAGAGGCCCCUAGGGUCGUGUCUUCACUUGUGAAAAAGUGGAGAGACUUUGAGGCCGAGUCCAAACCUCUAGCGUCUGGUGACAACAACAACAACAUUAACAAUAAUAGUAAUGAUUCAUCAUCUUGUCCUACUAGAACAAACUCUGGUGUGACAUUACUUCAAGAGAGCAUUUCAUUUGUUGACAUUCCUCCAACAUGGUCAAGAGAUUGUGACUCGUCCUCUAAUGAAGACGAGUCACCGACGAAUGACAAUGACUCAUUUAAGGAUUGGGAAUCAGAUAGGCGGGUAGUGAGCGCUCCACCCUCCGUUCGAGGAAGGGAUUCUGAUGCAACGGAGAGCGAAAGGGUGAGGGUAAUCGACAUUAUCAAGAAAUUGACCUCUAGUGGUGGCGAUGAUAAUCAAGACCGUGAGCACAUGAGCAAUGUGGCGGUGAAUGAAGCGCCGCCACUCACUCGGGUUAAUAAAUCUUGUACCGAACAUGGGAGUUCAAACUGUGCUGUUGUGCAGUCACCCCGCAUCAGCAUUAGAGGUCGUCAAGCACUGAAUGAUUUGAUUGUGCAAAUAGAACGCGAGAGAGCCAGGGAGCUUGAAGGACUUAUGGAACGUAAAGCAGUAUCGAAAUUUCAACAAAAGGGCCGCAUUCAGGCUAUGCUCAAGCUUAAAUUUUUAAGACGUGAGGCGAAUAUGAAAGAUGCACCACGAGGAAACUCAAGUUGCAUUACGCCUGAAUCAAGUAGGUCAACGAAAUCUUCUAUACUACACCUUAGGGAAAAAUUCAAAGAAGUUGUUCAAAAAGGUUUAGCAGAUUCGAAAGCCACCAUCGAAGAAGCUUCAUGUGACAAAAACAUAGAACUUGAAACUGUUUCCACACCAAAUCCCGAAAAGGAGAGCCACCAUGAAGAGACUUCAGAUGAACUCUAUCAAAAUAAAAAAGAAGCUACAAAAAACGCCUCAAAACAAAUUGAUGAAAUAGGAACAAUUACUCAAUCACAUCAAACUGGCAGUUCUAUUGAUGAAGAACCCUUGAAAAAUUUGAGUUGUGAAGUAAGAUGUGAUGAUGGGUUUACAGAAUCUGUAGAUACGGUGAAAUUUAUUUGUAAACGUGAAGAUGUUUUUAACAAUAGUAACAAACACAAGAAUAUGAGUGAAUGGAGACGAGAUUGGGAAGAGAACGAUUGGAGUUGGGUUAGUGAUUGUUCUCAUGAUGAUGCAAAUAGUAGGUGGGAUCAACUCCAAUUUGAUUUCCAACAAGAUGAUGAUCUCCAACAGCGUGUAGAAGAAAUGUGUCAAGAUUGGAUUAAUGAUGUUUCCCGCCCUCGUAGUCAAUGGGAAGACCUAAGGCAAGCAAGAUACCAAGAGAUGCUCGAUCCUUUCUUUAAUAAUGGUGACUUGCAACAACUUCUUGAGAGGAAAAGUGUUUCAAAUUUUCUUUCAGGUGAAAGCAGAGACAAAAUAGAUCAAUUGAUGAUAUCUCGCUCACAAAAACAACCAACCAUAAUAAGUAAUGGCAUUGAACAAACACAAGAGCAUGAGAUGGAAAUUGUUGAGGACAAGAUAGAAGAGGCAGUCAAAAGUGCUACUGAAGGAAAACUAAACCAAGAAGAUGAAGAGAAUAUAGAUAGUAUUAACAAUAAUCAAAUACGACAACAUAAUAGUGAAUGUGAGAUAAAUGAUGAAUCUUAUCAUAUUGCAUCAACAUCUUUAUCUCAAGGUCAAUCACCUAACAUUAUUUUUCCUCAAGCUAAUGAAAUGAAUUUUGUUGAUGAAUUAAUGGGUCAUAUGCACCAACUUCAUCAAGAGAUUUCAGAAAUACGAAGAGCCAUCAUUAGUUGCAUAGAUAUGCAAAUGAAACUUCAUCAUUCAAUCAAGGACGAGGUUGCAUCCGCUUUUAAUAACUUAGGCAAACAGAAUGGGAGGACUUUGAGCAAGACAAAUUAUUGUAGUGUAUGUCAUGAGAUCACCAUCAAUUCACUUCUAUAUAGAUGUGGACAUAUGUGCACUUGCUUCAAAUGUGCCCAGGAGUUGCAACAUGCCAAUGAAAAAUGUCCAAUUUGCCGAGCUCCAAUUAUGGAUGUUGUUUUUGUGAAUCCGUCCAUGCGUGAGGUUCUAUGAAGGUGAAUGUUAAUAUGCGUGGUUUCCAUUACUGAGACAACACGAGCAAAAGAAAAUACAUAAACUAUUUGUUAGUUUUUUGUAUAUUUGAGUUUGGCAAAUAGAAAGAUGAUACACAAUCUGAUUGACAUUAAUAGUGAUAUGUACUUCAUCCAAUUUUGUAGUACGCAAGAGUAAAUUCAACACAUGGGACAAAUUUGAGUAUUAUAUAAUGUGAG